UUAAGACAUUGUUGUCCUAAGGUUGAAUAGUUGUCGUCCUCUCAAAUGGAGCUCGCAUCCACAUUCCUUCAUUAUCAUCGACUCAAGUGGAGAUCGUGAAGCCAUAGCUUUUGCGUCAUGCUUUGGGUUCAUUGUUUCAUGAAGGUACAAGCCAGAAAAGAAGUAUAAAUGGGAGCCACUCAGGGAUGACCUUGAGUUUGGAAACUCUGCAUACCCUAUGGUCUUGGUGCAAAUUCCAAUGUACAAUGAGAAAGAGGUGUAUCAAUUGUCAAUUGGAGCUGCAUGUGGGCUAUCAUGGCCAUCUGAUAGGGUUAUUAUUCAAGUUCUUGAUGAUUCCACUGACCCAAUCAUUAAGAAUAUGGUGGAGGUGGAAUGCCAGAGAUGGGCCAGUAAAGGCGUAAACAUAAAGUAUGAGAUCAGAGAGAACAGAAAUGGUUACAAAGCUGGAGCUCUCAAAGAAGGCAUGAAGCACAGCUAUGUGAAUUUGUGUGACUAUGUGGCCAUCUUUGAUGCUGAUUUCCAACCUGAGCCUAACUUCCUUUGGCGCACCAUACCAUUCCUUGCUUACAACCCAGAAGUUGCACUAGUCCAAGCUCGAUGGAAAUUCGUUAAUGCUGAUGAAUGCUUAAUGACAAGAAUGCAAGAGAUGUCAUUGGAUUAUCAUUUCCUUGUGGAGCAGGAAGUUGGGUCCUCAACCUAUGCCUUCUUUGGUUUCAAUGGCACAGCUGGUGUGUGGAGAAUUUCAGCAUUAAAUGAAGCUGGUGGAUGGAAGGACCGCACAACAGUGGAAGAUAUGGAUCUGGCUGUCCGUGCUGGUCUCAAAGGCGGGAAAUUUGUGUAUCUUAGCGAUCUCAAGGUGAAAAGUGAAUUGCCAAGUACCUUCAAAGCCUAUCGUUAUCAGCAGCACAGGUGGUCAUGUGGCCCAGCUAAUCUUUUCAAGAAAAUGGCAAUGGAAAUCAUGAGAAACAAGAAAGUUUCCAUGUGGAAGAAGUUAUAUGUGAUUUAUAGUUUCUUCUUUGUCCGGAAAAUCGUUGCUCAUGUGGUCACAUUUGUAUUCUACUGUGUGAUUAUGCCUGCAACUGUUUUAGUUCCAGAAGUGGAAGUUCCCAAGUGGGGUGCUGUGUAUAUUCCUUCUAUCAUUACACUCCUUAAUGCAGUUGGAACUCCAAGGUCAAUCCACUUACUGGUAUUCUGGAUACUCUUUGAAAAUGUUAUGUCAAUGCAUAGGACCAAGGCAACACUUACAGGUUUGUUAGAGGCAGGGAGAGUAAAUGAAUGGGUAGUUACUGAGAAAUUGGGAGAUGCUCUUAAAACAAAGUCAGGUGGCAAAGCAGCUAGGAAGCCUCGUAUCAGAAUCGGUGAAAGGCUUCAUUUCCUGGAACUUCUAGUGGGGGCCUACCUGUUUUUCUGUGCAUGUUAUGAUCUGAAAUAUGGGAAGAACCACUACUUCAUAUAUCUCUUCCUGCAAUCUAUGGCCUUCUUUGUUGCGGGGGUUGGCUAUGUUGGCACCUUUGUUCCAAAUUCAUAGAGGAACUCCUUCAUCAGAAUUAUUUCAAGUGUCUGUCAUUUGGCUGGCAUUUCAUUCACUACAAGGAGGAACAAAAUGCAGUUUCUUCUGCUGCUAGCUGCCAUUCAAUUUGUUUUAGUACCAUACACUAUUUUACAACAAUUGUUUGUCAUACUUUGAAUUUUUUUUAUGUGAACAUAGUCACAUAG